AUGGACAACAAUGCUGUACAAAGCAUUAGUACAACAACAACAGUGGCAGACGAUAGUGACAAUGAUGAAGUAACGGAUUUCUUAAAUUCCAACUCUUCCCCAAAUGCUCUUACACCCUUAAGUACUAUUGCUACUACUAUAACUACUACUACAACUUUUUCGACAACAACUACAAACACCAACACAACCACUGAAACUUCUACCCUAAAUACUACAAUAACAAGCUUUAAUAAUCUGGUGGAAAAUUCUAAAGCUAAUUUAAAUAAUAUCAAUUGUACUAAUACCGUAGAAAGUCAAAAUUAUUGUAUACCUGUUAUUAAUACACCGCCACCCAACAAUAAUCAACAACAUUCCAUACAAUCUCGUCAAUCUGCUUUAACUUCAUCUUCUUUAUCCUCAUCGAACAAUAACAAUAAUAAUAAUAAUACUUUUAAUUCUCAACAUUUGUUAGCAAAUAAAAACGACAAUAACAUGAUACCCAUUAUAAAUGUUACACCUCAUAGUCCUGUCAAUGUCUCGAAAUACAAUAACAUUUUCGAGGACACCCUCUCACAAUUGCAGAAUAUACGCGAAAGUGUAGUGCAAAUGAAAAAUUCUUCAACUCACAUGAAUGAUAGCCUUUCCAAUUAUGGUUUAGUUAAUGCCACCAUACUAAGUGCAUCUCUGCCGGAUCUUUCGGCUACGGGUAAUGGUGGUGGAGGUUCAUCGGGUAUUGGUCCUUAUGGACCAUUAGCUGCUCACUUUGUUAUGUGGUCGCCGCAGCAACAACAACAGUAUUUAUUAAAUGCCGAUCGCCGUAAAUCAUGGACUGGCAUUGAUGAUCUAACAGCUGGUGGUGAUUGCACAAAUAAAAGUGUUAGUCUGUCGAGUUUGGAUAGUGAAGAGCAGGAAACAAUAAGGGUUACUGAACAACGAAGACGUUCCGCUAGGAAUAGCACUGGUGGUAAGUUAAUGUUUUACUAA